AUGUUGCUACCAGUCAACUGCCCAUACAAAUUUAGAUAUGCUAAUGUUCAAAGAGAUGGGGCAGCACGUUUUGAUAAAAAUGGGGGAGGUUCUCCAAAUUAUUUCCCCAACAGUCUUGGUGGGUAUAGAAUUGCUGGUGUUCAGAGUACUUGGAAUGUUGAAAAUGCAACUGUUGGACGUUACAAACAAGCUGAAGACUAUUUUGUUCAACCAGCUGAGUUUUGGAAUGAGUUGAGCCCUGUAGAUCGUCAACAUUUAGCUGAAAACAUUGCUGGUUCAUUAGGAAAUGCUUUACAAGAAGUUCAAGAUAGAAUGAUCCCAUUGUUUACAAAGGUUAAUCCAGCCUUUGGGUCAAUGGUGAAAACUGAAAUUGCCAAACGAAACGGUAAAAAAUAA